AUGAGGCGUGCAAAAUCCCCCUCCAAGCUGGAAGAACACAAAACUCACCAAGGCAGGCGUCUCCAUUGCUUCGCGAACCGAGUGACGGGCGAGAAUGAGAAGGUUGAUGAAAGGGCGAUCGUGGGCAAACAGUUGUACCUUGACGUACUCGGAAUGAGCCAGGGCGAGCAGAAUCAGAACGCCACUCCGGAUAAUUUACUCCAAGACGCUGCAAAAGUCCGAUACGAGCUUCAAUCACUCUCGCAGAUGCACAACGACGCCCAGAGUCGGCUCGAAAACAUUGGCCCCGCCACCUUACAACGACAACCUGAUAACAUGACCGACUUUUCUUGGAUCGACAUGACCCUAAGAAAGCUGGAAGCCGAAAUCCCACCCGCUUUAUGGUCCUCCAAGGCAGCUCAGUAUAAGUAUGACUACAUUGGGAGCAGUAAACAGGUGCUUUCCGAUGCGCACCAGAGCCCGUUUAGCAGCGACGCCAUGGCCGACAUGGCAGUGCGCGACACUCUCUCACAGAGCGAUGAUGCUUCCGAGCAGACAGAAGAGGAGCUAUCCGAGGCGGACAAGCCCGGCACUAGCCGUGAAGAGGCUGUGAGGCCCCGAAACCAACCGGGGGAUGUUUCUGACCAGCUACCUUGUGGCCAUGAAGCUUGUGGGCCACGAGUUUCGCGAGCAGAUGAAAAGCGCGCCAUCGUGCUUGGAAAGCAACGGGCGUAA